UUGUUCUAGACAUCUUCAUUUCAUAGCCUAAACAACACCACCCUCAUCUCAGAGAGAAACACAUAGUCAUGGCAACCUCUGCUAUCCAGCAAUCCGCCUUUGCCGGCCAGACUGCUUUGAAGCCAUCGAAUGAGCUCGUCCGAAAGAUUGGCGGCCUUGGUGGUGGCCGUAUCUCCAUGAGGCGCACCGUCAAAAGUGCCCCAGAAAGCAUAUGGUACGGUCCAGACCGCCCAAAAUACUUGGGACCAUUCUCCGAGCAAACUCCUUCCUACUUGACCGGAGAAUUCCCCGGUGACUACGGAUGGGACACUGCUGGGCUAUCGGCAGACCCCGAAACCUUUGCUAAGAACCGUGAGCUCGAGGUGAUCCACUGCCGAUGGGCCAUGCUUGGUGCAUUGGGCUGCGUCUUCCCAGAAGUCUUGUCCAAGAACGGUGUCAAGUUCGGCGAGGCUGUUUGGUUCAAGGCCGGGUCUCAAAUCUUCUCCGAGGGUGGCCUGGACUACCUCGGCAACCCAAACCUCGUCCACGCGCAGAGCAUCCUGGCAAUCUGGGCCGUCCAGGUUGUCCUCAUGGGCUUCAUUGAGGGAUACAGAAUUGGUGGAGGCCCACUGGGUGAGGGUCUUGACCCACUUUACCCAGGAGGUGCCUUUGACCCACUUGGAUUGGCUGAUGACCCAGAAGCCUUUGCUGAGCUUAAGGUGAAGGAAAUCAAGAAUGGAAGACUGGCAAUGACCUCCAUGUUCGGUUUCUUUGUUCAGGCAAUUGUUACCGGAAAGGGGCCAAUUGAGAACCUCUAUGACCACGUUGCUGAUCCCGUGGCCAACAAUGCAUGGGCAUACGCCACCAACUUCGUCCCCGGAAAGUGAAGAGGAAACCUGGAAUGAUCAAUGGUUGUUUUCAUCUGUAACAUUACCCAAAUUUGUUAGCUUUGUUGAGGUUGUCUUUCUGUGGACUCCAUUACUAGUUCUGUAAUUUACUAGUACAAAUUCCUUGUACGGAAAUCACUGUGUCCAGUAAAAAUACCCAGCUCUUGUGCUUGAACUCCUUA